GAACCUAGUUUCUGUGUGCCAUCUUCCCAAAUCUUCCAUUGCCCAGCAUGAGCAUGCAACUUGAACUGGAGAAUGUGCAUCUGAGAGCUGGAGAUCAGCUGAAAAUUAAAGGGAUAAUUCUACAUGAUGCUGAUAGGUUCCAGGUCGACCUCGGCUGUGGUGCAGACGACCUGGCACUGCACUUUAACCCUCGCUUCCAGGAUGAUGCUGAUGGAUCUGUUCUAGUUUGCAACUCAAAGAUUUCUGGUCGUUGGGGGGAUGAGAAACGGGAAACACACAACCCCCUUCAGAGGGGCGAAGAUGUCAAGAUUGUGUUUAAGCUGGCUGGCGACAUGUUUGAGGUGGAGCUUCCUGAUGGACAGGAAAUCCAGUUUCCUAACCGGGAGAACAUGGACUUCAUCAGCUACAUCAAAAUCGCAGGCGACUUUAAACUGACCUCAUUCAAGAUCUGCUAAGAAAUACAAACUACUGUUUGCAUGCCAUGUUUAACAGGUUAAGACUUUGAGUUCUGGUCAGUUAUUGUCAGAAACAUUAAUCAUUCAGAGACGUAGAUUUUCAGUGAGUUGGAAAUGUAUCUUUAUUUGAAAAUGUCCUGUUGUGCACAAGAAUAUAAAGGUUUAAAUUCAAAAGGCUUGUUUUCUGUCUUUGAUGGUUUAAUUGUGACUUAAUUAUAUCAG